AUGUACGAAGGGAUUGACAACCUGAAAUCCCUUUACGACCGUGCCGGGAAGACUUUCUCCGGCGGUCCUUCUGCGGCACAGGAUGUGCCGCGUCGUACUGCUCGACCAGACCCAGUACGUCAAUCAUCAGUUGGGAGCGGGGCUCCCAAGAAUCCCAGGACGGGGGAUAGCUGCGCCACCGGACGAGAUAACUCGUCCGACGUCCGUUCACGUCGCGGGGGUUCAACAGCUGCUCAACUAGAUAGCGCUGGCCACCGCGAGAGUCCUCUAAUGGAGGUGGAGGAGGAGGAAAGACGCUCUCCACACGAUCAUGUGGAUCGGUGUGUUCCCGAGAGCUUCUUUGAUCGCGUAACGCAAGGGUACGCGGCGAUCUCGAACAUGAGCGGAAUAGGCGUCUCCAAAUGGCGGACACUGCCUCGAAGCAUCAAGCUGAGUUUGCCUUUUGCUCAGCUUGAGAACGAGAGAUCUCUGACAUCUCUUCGUGACGAGCUAAGGGUAGCUCGUGGGAUUGCUGAUCGGUCUCGGGAUGAGAUAGCUGCUCUUCAGACCCUUGUUGAUGCCCACCAUCGGGAGCACAAGGCUCUCUGCGAGAUGCUUGAGCGCAAGGGCGUUCUUCAUCGGAAGAAGCAGCGUACUGAUGGUACGGCUUAA